AUGGCUGCCAAUUCUCCUUUGAAAGCCUUGUUCGCCUACAUCUAUGUCCUCCUGUACUCACCAUGGCUACUCUCUCACUUUGGGCUUGACGUUGCCCUCUGCCUGCUUCCAUGGGCGCGACCCUCCCGGCAGUGGUCAUUGAACCAGGCUGCGCGCAUGCGCGUAGUCAGACUAUUGCUGCUGUACUGGUCGCUUACAAAGGCAGGAGACAGGCUUACUCUUCGUCCGGGGCGAGAGAAGAACCGUUUCGAAGUUGUCGCGCCGAGGUCUCCCAAGCUAUACAGAGGAGUAUUGUCAGACAUUGCCAUUCAGCCUACUCAGCUGGGCUUGACUUGGACACCAGCCCGGCCGCCGCCUCCUGAGCUGGUACGAUCGAAUAUGAUGGUGGUUCUUCACUUUCACGGAGGCGCCUUCGUUAUCGGUAACGGUCGCGAUGAAGAUACCGGGUAUCUUGCUCGAUAUUUGAUAGAGCAAACGGGCUGCACUCAUGUAUGCACGCCGCAAUACCGUCUGUCUAGUAGCAACGGCGGGCGCUUUCCCGCUCCGCUACAAGAUGCUCUCACGGCAUACCUCUGUCUGAUCAAGACCAAAGGCAUCCCGGCCAGCCAAAUCAUUCUGUCCGGUGAUUCGGCGGGAGCCAACAUUGCACUUGGACUGUUGCGAUACAUCCACGAGUAUGGUCAACAGGACGAGAUCCCAUUCCCACGAGCGGUCACUCUUUGGUCGCCCUGGGUUGAUGUGAGCGCGGCGCUCGAGCAAGACAUGACAAGGUCACCCAACUACAAAACAGACUAUCUCAGCAAAGAGUUUGGGCGAUGGGGCGCCUUGACAAUCUCGGAAUCUGGCAUGUUUGACCCGUCGGGCCCAUAUCUAUCACCGCUACGUCACCCCUUCAAACCAGACGUAAGCAUCCCGACGUUUGUCAAUGCAGGAGGCAACGAAGUCCUCUAUCACGACAUCCGGGACUUCUGCGAGCGCUACCAGAAGCAUGGUUGGAUGAUUCACCUGGACAUCUCUGAACACUGUCCCCACGACAUUCUUUUGUUGGGACCUCGGAUCGGGUUUGGGGCCGAGGCAGAGAAGGCAGCAGAGCACGCAAAGGAUUUCCUUAAUGAGGCUGCAGGCAUCAAUCUUUGCAGCUACAGCCGAGACUCGUUGUCGUAG